CAGGCUCGGCCUCAGCUGCGGGCAGAUGGUGAUCACGAUGGCGCGCUCGCAGGGCCGCCGCCUGGAGUACUGCGUGCUCCUGGAGGAAGACAGGAGCAGCCAGGACGGCCGACGCUUCAAGCCCCCCUCGGUGUGCGGCCUGGAGGCGCGCCAGAAGCGGAGCCCUGCCAACCUGACCCGCUGCGGCUCCAGCCGGGAGCUGAGGAGAGGGAAACGGGUGGAGGUCAUGUUCAGUGACCUGCCCCCGGGCCAGAGGUACAUUGUUCGCGCCAUGGUACGGCCCGAGGGCGGCCGGUUCCUCCCCUACAAGCUCAGACAGGUGAAGGUACCCGCCUGUCGGGACCAAUCACAGCUAUCCAACGAGCUGACGGAGACGAACGCGCUGCGGCCGGGACCGGUCCCAGAGCAGCUGUACGGGGACACGGCCGCGUCCGCCGACGAGCAGGCCGAGGAGGCCGACAACAGGCUGACGGACCAGCCCUGACCCGAGCCCGUGACGCCCACGGACCCGGACCAGCCGUCACGGACCAGCGGCGACCUGAAGCUGUGGAGCCCCGCGGCGCUGAGCCACCUCCAGGGCGCUGCUGACCCCCGCGGUGCGCAUGCGCGGUGACCCGGGACAAUCCGUCACGAUCGCGCGUAGGCCGCGUCGCUGAUCGCCGUCACGAGCGGUCUCGACGCCGCCGCGACAG